AUGUUCUUCGGCGGCUUCCCAGGGAUGGACGGGCCGGGCGGCUUCCCCGGUGGCAUGGGCGGCAAGGGCGGUGGCCGCAGCAGCAAGCCCGCGGACACCACCAAGUUCUACAAGACGCUCGAGGUGGACAAGAGCGCCAGCGAUGCCGACAUCAAGAAGGCCUACAGGAAGCUCGCGGUGAAGCACCACCCUGACAAGGGGGGCGACCAAGAGAAGUUCAAGGAGAUCACGCGGGCCUACGAGGUGCUCAGCGACGCAGAGAAGCGCGCCAAGUACGACAGGUUCGGCGAGGAGGGCCUGGAGGACGGCGGCGGCGGAGGCGACGCGUCGGACAUCUUCGACGCCUUCUUCGGCGGCGGCGGGGGCCGGCGCGGAGGGGGCGGCGGCAGGAGGCGGCAGAAGACGAAGGAUGUGGUCCAGCCUCUGAAGGUCACCUUGGAGCAGCUCUACAACGGCACCACGAAGAAGAUGGCGAUCACGAGGCAGGUGAUCGACAAGAAGAAGGGCGUCAAGGAGUGCCGCUCGUGCGACGGCCAGGGCAUGCGGGUAGAGGUCAUACGCAUGGGGCCGAUGAUCCAGCAGAUGCAGUCGCCCUGCGGGGCGUGUGGUGGGCAGGGGCGCACCUUCACCACCAAGCAGGAGCGGGAGGUGCUGGAGGUGGCGAUACAGAAGGGCGCCAUGGACGGUCACAAGAUCCCGUUCAGAGAAAUGGCGGACGAGCACCCGGAAGCGGACACCGGCGACGUCAUCUUCAUAUGUAAGCAGCAGGAUCACGCGGUCUUCAAGCGGAAGGGCGCGGACCUGUUCAUUGAGAAGAAGGUCUCGCUGGUGGAGGCUCUGUGCGGGUUCAGCAUGGACAUCGAGCACCUCGACGGGCGCAAGCUGCUCGUGAAGACCGCCCCAGGCGAGAUCAUCAAGCCCAUGAGCGCAAAUUUCGACCCGCUGGCCGACGGCGACUCGAAGGUGGAGUGGGAGGCCAUGGAGGACUGCGACUGCCCGUCCAUCGAGAACGUUGCUCAGGCCGACACCACGGACGUUGACACCCUGAAGAAGGCGUGCGAGACGCAGCUUAAGAGGAAGGGCAUCGACGUCGGCUGCUUCGUCGUGGACAGCCAGCGCGCGUACUUCAAGCAGUGCACGCGCGGAGAGGCGCUUGCAGCGAAGAAGACGCGCAAGGGCGCCACGAUGUACGUCAUGCCUGAUCCCGACGCCAAGAAGUCGAUUCGAAUGAUGAAGGGUAUGCCCACGUACAAGAAUCCCUUUGUGCACGGCAACCUCUUCCUCAUCAUCACGAUUGAGUUCCCAGACGGGCUGACACCAGACGCGCAGACGUCGAUCCGUUCUUUGUUGCCGGCGCCACUCAACAAGCCCCAGUUCACGGAAGACGACGAGGGAGUGGAGGUCCACAUGGUAACCGACAUCGACCCGGUUGCAUCGUUCGAAGAAAACAAGAUAAACAUGACCGCCGGAAACGAGGCGUACGACGACGAUGACGAGGACGAGCGUGGGACCAUCAAGGAUGGAUCGGGGCUCGAGGCGGAGUUCCUGGAGGAGGUGCACGCCCCCGCGCCGGCGAGGAGCCGCCGCGCCGCGGCGGUGGCCGCGCCCGCGCGCGGGGGCGAGGCCGAGCAGGCGAGGCUCCUCGCCCCCGCGGCCGCGCUGCGGGACGAGGUGGAGGCACUGCGGGAGGCGUCCCUGCGGGCCUGCCUGGAGGCAGACGAGGACCACCCGGAGGCGGUGCAGACCUGCCGCGAGCUCUCCUACGAGCUGCAGGCGGCCGAGCGGAGGCUGCUGCGGUGGCAGGCCGAGCGCGGCGUUGCGCCGAUCUCCGCCGCGGACAGCGACAGCUACUGA